GGGCCCGAACGCAGUCCCCGGUCGCCGGAGGCCGGAGCGCAGUCGCGGCCGGAGCGGCGGGAGCGCAUCCGGGACCCGCCGCAGGGACCCCCAGGCCGGCCGCUCCCGGGCCAUGCGCGCCGCUCGCUGAGAGUCGGGGAGGCCGCGAUGGAGGCGCCAGCGGGAGAGUCAUCAGCGCGGGGCUACGGCCCCCCGCCUGCACCCGCGCCCCCCACGGAAAGGAAGAAGAGCCACCGCGCGCCGUCGCCAGCCCGCCCCAAGGAGGUGGCUGGCUGGUCUCUGGCCAAGGGCCGCCGCGGCACAGGCCCGGGCGCCGCUGCAGCUUGUGGCGCGGCGUCCUCAGCGAGGCCGGACAAGAAGGGGCGCGCGGUGACGCCCGGCGCCCGGGGCGCGGGGCCGCGGGUAGCCGGGGUGCGCACCGGGGUCCGAGCCAAGGGCCGCCCUCGUCCGGGUACCGGGCCGCGCCCGCCGCCGCCGCCGCCCAGCCUCACCGACAGCAGUUCCGAGGUGUCGGACUGCGCGUCGGAGGAGGCGCGCCUGCUGGGCCUGGAGCUGGCGCUGAGCAGCGACGCCGAGUCUGCGGCGGGUGGCCCGGCGGGGACCCGCACCGGGCAGCCGCCCCAGCCCGCGCCGUCGGGGCAGCAGCCUCCGCGGCCGCCCGCCUCCCCAGAUGAGCCGUCGGUGGCCGCAUCGUCGGUGGGCAGCAGUCGCCUGCCACUUAGCGCCUCGCUCGCCUUCUCCGACCUCACCGAGGAGAUGCUGGACUGCGGGCCAGGCGGCUUGGUGCGGGAGCUGGAAGAACUGCGCUCGGAGAACGACUAUCUCAAGGAUGAGAUUGAGGAGCUGCGGGCUGAGAUGCUGGAAAUGCGGGAUGUCUACAUGGAGGAAGACGUGUACCAGCUACAGGAGCUGCGGCAGCAGCUGGACCAAGCCAGCAAGACCUGUCGUAUCCUGCAGUACCGGCUGCGGAAAGCUGAGCGCCGUAGCCUCCGUGCUGCCCAGACAGGCCAGGUGGAUGGUGAACUCAUCCGUGGUCUGGAGCAGGAUGUCAAGGUCUCUAAGGACAUCUCCAUGCGGCUUCAUAAGGAGCUGGAGGUGGUGGAGAAGAAGCGGAUGAGGCUGGAGGAGGAGAACGAGGGGCUUCGGCAGAGGCUCAUCGAGACAGAGCUGGCCAAACAGGUGCUACAGACAGAGCUGGAGCGUCCCAGAGAGCAUUCCUUGAAGAAAAGAGGAACCCGGUCUCUGGGGAAGACAGAUAAGAAGCCUACUGCACAGGAGGACAGCGCAGACCUAAAAUGCCAGCUACAUUUCGCAAAAGAGGAGUCGGCCCUCAUGUGCAAGAAGCUCACCAAGCUGGCCAAGGAGAACGACAGCAUGAAGGAGGAGCUGCUCAAGUACCGCUCCCUGUAUGGGGACUUGGAUGCAGCCCUGUCCGCAGAGGAGCUGGCGGAUGCUCCGCACUCUCGUGAGACAGAGCUCAAGGUGCACCUCAAGCUGGUGGAGGAGGAGGCCAACUUGCUGAGCCGGCGCAUCGUGGAGCUGGAGGUGGAAAACCGGGGCCUCCGGGCUGAGAUGGAUGACAUGAAGGACCACGGGGGCAGCGGGGGCCCCGAGGCCCGGCUGGCUUUCUCUGCUCUGGGUGGUGAGUGCGGGGAGAGCCUGGCCGAGUUGCGGCGCCACCUGCAGUUUGUGGAAGAGGAGGCUGAGCUGCUGCGGCGCUCCUCAGCAGAGCUGGAGGACCAGAACAAGUUGCUGCUGAACGAGCUGGCCAAAUACCGCUCGGAGCAUGAGCUGGACGUGACACUGUCGGAGGACAGCUGCUCGGUGCUCAGUGAGCCCUCGCAGGAGGAGCUGGCGGCUGCCAAACUGCAGAUCGGCGAGCUCAGCGGCAAGGUCAAGAAGCUGCAGUAUGAGAACCGCGUGCUUCUCUCCAACCUGCAGCGCUGCGACCUGGCCUCCUGCCAAAACACUCGCCCUAUGCUGGAGACGGAUGCUGAGGCCGGAGACUCUGCACAGUGCGUACCUGCCCCUCUGGGCGAGGCACUGGAGCCCCACACCGCCAGGCUCUGCAGGGCCCGGGAAGCCGAGGCGCUGCCUGGGCUGCGGGAGCAGGCUGCCCUAGUCAGCAAGGCCAUCGACGUCCUGGUGGCUGAUGCCAAUGGCUUCUCAGUUGGCCUCCGGCUCUGCCUGGACAAUGAGUGUGCAGACUUGCGGUUGCACGAGGCGCCUGAUAACAGCGAGGGCCCCAGGGAUGCUAAACUCAUCCAUGCCAUCUUGGUACGGCUGAGCGUGCUGCAGCAGGAACUGAACACCUUCACACGCAAGGUGGAUGUGGCCUUGGGGAACUCUGGCAAGGAGCAGUCUGAGCCCUUCCCUGCACUGCCCACCUUGGGCUCCCAGGGACCCUCCAAGGAGAUCAUGCUGGCCAAAGACCUUGGCUCUGACUUCCAGCCAUCUGACUUCAGAGACCUGCUGGAAUGGGAGCCUAGAAUCCGAGAGGCUUUCCGUGCUGGUGACUUGGACUCCAAGCCUGACCCCAGUCGGAACUUCAGGCCUUAUCGAGCUGAAGAUAAUGAUUCCUAUGCCUCUGAGAUCAAGGAGCUUCAGCUGGUUCUAGCAGAGGCCCAUGACAGCCUCCGGGGCUUGCAAGAGCAACUGUCCCAGGAGCGGCAGCUCCGGAAGGAGGAGGCCGACAGCUUCAACCAGAAAGUGGUCCAGCUAAAAGAAGACCAGCAGAGGGCGCUGCUGAGGCGGGAGUUCGAGCUGCAGAGUCUGAGCCUCCAAAGGAGGUUGGAGCAGAAAUUCUGGAGCCAGGAAAAGAACAUAUUGGUGCAGGAAUCCCAGCAAUUCAAGCACAACUUCCUUCUGCUCUUCAUGAAGCUCAGGUGGUUCCUGAAGCGCUGGCGGCAGGGCAAGGUUCUGCCCCACGAGGAGGAUGACUUCCUGGAGGUGAACAGCAUGAAGGAACUGUACCUGCUGAUGGAGGAAGAAGAAAUGAAUGCCCAACACUCGGAUAACAAGGCCUGCACAGGGGACAGCUGGACCCAGAACACGCCUAAUGAGUACAUCAAAACCCUGGCAGACAUGAAGGUCACACUGAAGGAGCUGUGUUGGCUGCUCCGUGAUGAGCGCCGGGGUCUGACUGAGCUUCAGCAGCAGUUCGCAAAGGCCAAGGCCAUGUGGGAGACGGAGCGGGCAGAGCUCAAGGGCCAUGCCUCGCAGAUGGAGCUGAAGGCUGGGAAGGGUGCCAGCGAGAGGCCCGGGCCCGACUGGAAGGCUGCACUGCAGAGGGAGCGAGAGGAACAGCAGCACCUCUUGGCCGAGUCCUACAGCGCCGUCAUGGAGCUGACACGGCAGCUGCAGAUCAGCGAGCGCCACUGGAGCCAGGAGAAGCUGCAGCUGGUGGAGCGGCUGCAGGGCGAGAAGCAACAGGUGGAGCAGCAGGUGAAGGAGCUGCAGAACCGCCUCAACCAGCUGCAGAAGGCUGCCGAACCCUGGGUCCUGAAGCACUCAGACCUGGAAAAGCAGGACAACAGCUGGAAAGAGACACGGAGUGAGAAGACCCACGACAAGGAGGGUGUUUCUGAAGCUGAGCUUGGGGGAACCGGCUUAAAGAGGACCAAAUCGGUUUCCUCUAUGUCUGAGUUUGAAAGUUUGCUCGACUGUUCCCCUUACCUUGCUGGUGGAGAUGGCCGGAACAAGAAGUUGCCCAACAGUCCUGCUUUUGCCUUUGUGAGUACUGAGCCAGUGGAGCCUGAGAAAGAUGCCAAGGAAAAGCCUGGGCUGUCCACCCGGGACUGCAACCGCAUGGGUACACUGGCCUGCCAGGAGCCUGCGGGGAGGCAGAUGCAGCGCAGCUAUACUGCUCCAGACAAGACGGGCAUUCGAGUCUACUACAGUCCCCCAGUGGCCCGGCGCCUGGGUGUCCCUGUGGUCCAUGACAAGGAAGGCAAGAUCCUCAUUGAACCAGGCUUCCUCUUUACCACGGCCAAGCCCAAGGAGUCAGCUGAGGCAGAUGGGCUGGCUGAGAGUUCCUAUAGCCGGUGGCUUUGCAACUUCUCCCGGCAGCGCCUGGAUGGAGGAUCCGGGGGCAACACCUCAGGUUCUGGACCUGCUUUCCCUGCAGCCUUGCAUGACUUUGAAAUGUCAGGCAACAUGAGUGAUGACAUGAAGGAGAUCACCAACUGUGUGCGGCAGGCCAUGCGCUCUGGCUCACUGGAGAGGAAGGUAAAGAGCACGUCCAGCCAGACAGUGGGUUUGGCCAGUGUGGGCACCCAGACCAUCCGGACAGUCAGUGUGGGCCUGCAGACUGACCCACCCCGCAGCAGCCUCCACAGCAAGAGCUGGUCACCCCGCAGCUCCUCGCUUAUGUCAGUACGCAGCAAGCAGAUCUCCUCCUCCCUGGACAAGGUCCAUUCGAGAAUUGAGCGGCCAUGCUGCUCGCCUAAGUAUGGCUCACCCAAGCUCCAGAGGCGAUCAGUGUCCAAGCUGGACAGCACCAAGGACCGCAGCCUGUGGAACCUGCACCAAGGCAAGCAGAAUGGCUCAGCCUGGGCCCGUUCCACCACCACACGGGAUAGCCCAGUGCUGAGGAACAUAAACGACGGGCUGUCCAGCCUCUUCAGCGUGGUGGAGCACUCAGGGAGCACUGAGUCUGUCUGGAAAUUGGGCAUGUCUGAGGCCCGAACCAAGCCCGAGCCUCACAAGUAUGGCAUCGUGCAGGAGUUCUUCCGGAAUGUGUGUGGUCGGGCACCGAGCCCCACUACUGCAGCAGGAGAGGAGAGUUCCAAGAAACCAGAGCCGCUCUCUCCUGCCAGCUACCAUCAACCUGAGGGUGUAGCCAGGAUCCUGAAUAAGAAGGCAGUCAAGGCAGGUGGUAGUGAAGAGGUCAGACCCACCAUGCUCUCCCAGGUCGGAAAGGAUGGUGUCCUUCGGGAUGGAGAUGGAGCCUUGAUCCUUUCCAGUGAGGAUGCUGUUUGUGACUGUAGUGCCCAGUCGCUGGCCUCCUGCUUCGUCCGGCCAUCCCGCAACACCAUCCGACACUCUCCUUCCAAAUGCAGGCUGCACCCUUCAGAGUCCGGCUGGGGUGGGGAGGAGAGGGCAGCCCCGCAGUGAGUCACAGAGCCGCCAGGCUCUCACCUGGAGCAGCCCAGACCCUGGGCUCACUCUGCCCAGGAGGAACAGCAGCUGUGCCACUGCCAGAGAAGAGCUUUUCAAGGUAAAGCAGGGUGUCCCGCUGACUGCUGGGAGAUGACCUCUGAUUUCCAGGGGAAGGCAGUGAGAGCAGGAGAAAGACCAAACCUGGGUGAUCAGGACUGGGUCUCAAAAGCACCUGAAGAGCUCUGCAAGUCAUCUCUGGGCCCUAAAGGGGGCCUGGCAACACCCACACCACUUCUUAGAAGGAUCCAGAAAAGGAGGCCCUUCUGGCCAGGCUCCAGGAAUGGGGCUGCCCCCUACUGACCACAUGUGGAGAAGCCACUGAGAAGAUUGGUUUUUGCUUAGGGUCCAGCUUGAUGCUCUUGGACGAGCUGGGCUGGGCAGUGUCACCAUCACUCUUGCUUCCUCCUCCCAGCCCUGCUGAUGCAGGUGCUAGGCCUUCUUGGAGCAGGGAAGGGGGAUAUGAUAGAGCAGAAGCCAGGGCCAAGUACACUUGGAAUCCUGGAGCCCUGGAUCCCCCUGCCUGUACUCACAUGUAGCAAGAACUGGAGGCAGGUAGGAGUGUGUAAGGUAUAAGGUUCAGAGUUCGAGGCCAGAAGAUCUGACUGCCUUGUCAAGGUGACUUGAAGGCCCAACUUUCUUAGGAGACUCCAUGAGACCAGAAAUGGGUAGGGUCCAUCUCAACACCUGAUGCCGAGGUAAAAGCCUCCAUGCCAUGCCUUGAUCCCUGGGGCCUCUUUCUUGGUAGCAGGGAUGGCUGCCCUCAAUCCUGCAGCAAGUAGGGGGCAGAAAUGUUCCCUUGGAGAGACUCUAUUGGUCAGGUCAGGCCAGAGAGAGCUCCAAGAGGCCAGUGACCCAGGACAAAGCCCAAGACAAGGGCCUACAAACAUUUCUUGCCUAGAUUGUUUAUUUGAAUUUUUCAUACUAUAAAUAUUUAAGGUGAUUUACUUUAUUUUAAUAAUUUAAUUUACCCUCCCCCAAAGCCCUUAAGGUAAUUUAUUAGAGGUAUUCUUGCCACUGGGACAACGUGGGGCUUGUAACACCAUGGAGUCCCCUAUGUGGCUGAGGCAGCUCAGCACCAGGCUCAGAUUGCCUGGUUUUGUCAGAAGGGCCCCUUGGCAGAGCUGGGGCUCUGUACCUUAUUCCCCCAAUACCACUGGCCAUUUAGUCUCAGAUCACUACAUUUUACUCAUCACCCGGUACUUGGCCUGGCCUCUAUGUGCCAGACUGUAAAUGCUUCAGACAAAGUGUAGGCCAGAACGAUGUCUCCACACCCUCCCCCCAACCCCAGCCUCCGUGAUCCUUUUCACUCCUCCCCUCCCUCCAACAUCUUUUCUCACAAGUCAGACAUAGAUGACUGCAACUCUGUUCUGAGCACAGCCACCACUCCAUGUUCCCCAUGUAGAACUCGCAGGAAAACAGGAUGGACUUGUAGAAUGUUGUCUAUUGCAGCUUUGCACAUGGAUCUGAGAGUGUCUACGUAGCCUGCCAACCUGUUCACCAGCCCUUCUCUUAGCCUUACAGCCACUCAUGGCUCUUCUUCUAGCCCUGGCUCUACUGCCUGUCCUUCCUAUCCCCAAGAGCCGCCUGAGCCACACCAGUGUAACUCAGACUGCAGUAUAAGGAGCUCAUUUGCCUCCUCCUGGUGCCAAUGAAUCAAUUUCAGUUGUACAGGUGAUGAUGUGCUGACCUCCUGUUCCUGGCUGGGGAUCCAGAGUCAUCCAAGGAUGGAUUGGCCUUUGUGCAGAGUUUCCCACCAGAAAGGCAGAGAGCCAACUGCGAGGCUAGUUUCCUCCAGGACUAGGGAGAUGCCUCUGCACUCCCACCUACCAGUUUCCAGGCUUCCUUUUUAGGGACACCUGGAACAGUUACCCAAAGCCCCUCGACCCCAUUCCCUAUGGGCAGUAUAUCAGGGUCAGUCCAUCCCACCAGCUGUUGCCUCGUGACCCAAUGACUUGCAUGGGCAGAGUCAGCAGGCCAGUGUACCGUGGGCCUGGUCCCUCCAGGAUGCUACUGCUCUCCUCCAAAAGGUCAGAGACCCCCUCAAAGGUUAUCUCCAGCUGAGGGGACCACACCAGGCCACAAGCCACCAGACGCCUUCUGCCACCUCCCAGAGCUGCUGAGAGCCAGGGAGGCUUGAAGAAAAGUCCCCAUAGACCUGAACCCCAGGGCUUAGGGGCCACUCAGCCUUACCAUCGUGUCCCAUCUGGGUCGUUGUGCAUUAGCAAUGUCUCAGCACCUGGCCCCUGUGGCCCCCAGCAGGUGUUACAAGCUCCAAGACUUGGUUUUCAGUCCCUGUUUCUAAUUCUUGCUUGCACUGUGCAAGACCUCUUGUCACUGUCCCUAUAGAAGCUUCUGGACAUAGGGCUUGACUGGGUUGAAAUGUUACAUGUAAAUAUUGGUUUGGUUUGACCUUUAGCAUUUUACUUGGUAACUGGUUCUGUUUCCUUUUGGGGGGUGGAAGGGUUGGUUUGUAAAUCUCUCUACUCUUUUGAAAUGUAAUUUCUAAGUUUGUUUGUUUCUUCAAAUGCCUUUUAUGUCUUGGUAACAUUCCCAAAGCAGAAAACUGCCUGGCCUACUGGGACACUCCCCUGGAGGCCUGUGGUCGUGGGAAGGAGCAAUGCCCUUUCUCCCAAUCCAUCCUUUCUGUUCACCUCCUCCUUUUCCUUCAGCCCUCUACCUCCUUCCCCACACACACACCUCCCUCCCUCCUCCCCUCCCUCCCUCCCUCUCUCUAUCUCUCUCUCUCUCUCUCUCUCUCUCUCUCUCUCUCUCUCUGUCCCAAGGAACCUUGGGGUUCCAGUCUUUUAUUGCCUGGCUUGGGCCCACAGGGUUGACACAAAUUGGCUGGCGUGAGGUUGAGUUACAUGAUUGAAACUAAACUAUGUCUCGUCUCUUCCCAGGGCUAAACCAAGUUAGACCAUCUUGGAGGCAAUGGUAAUGGGUUUUGAAAUGAAAUUCAGAGCCCUUGGGGCCCCUGACUGAAGAAGGCAUCAGAACGCAUUUCCCUUUGCCUUGUAGCCUUCCUUCCAGUACUUACUCAUCCCACCAUGGCUUAUUCUCUGGGAGCUCAAAUUUGGCCCUAUCUCCUGGUCUCUCCAAGGAUAUUCAACUACCACUUGGCCCCCAGGUGAAAAACUAAGUUCUCAAAAGACUUGACCUUCUGGCCGCCACCAUGCCACUCUUGUAUCUUUCAUGGCUAUGUCCAUCACUCAGCUUUGUCUCUUGCCCAGAGCCCACCAGAGCCUUCCUCUUCCCCACCCACCCACCCAGAAGGAAUCCCAUUCCAUUAACUGUCCACUAGCUCCCCCUUGUAGUAACAACCUUAUUGUAGUAACAACCAUCCCCUCACUGGCCUCCCUAGAGUACUUCACUGUUUAGAGGUCUCAUCCCCCCACUCCCCCUCCUCUGGUCUCUCAAGGGCAACUCUUAGAGACAGUUUUGACAACACAGGGCUUAGUUCUCUUGUUCUGCAAAUGAGAAAACAGAUACAGUUCUCAUGCCUGAGCCUAGAAGCAGGAGUUAUCAACUUUACAAUUAGACUCUUUCCUGCUUUCUGUACAAACUCUCUGGGACACCCAGGCCAUCUCAAAUUUGCCACUGCCAAACCCAGAGGCAAGACAAGAGCCCUGAGCACUAAGCUGAGAUAUUGGGGGUAGGGUGUCUCAACCAAACUCUGCUUUGGAUAAAUUACCCCAAGGAAUUCCAAACGGCACCAAAAACACUGUUCCACCCUAGUCACGUGUUUCAUAAAAUAACAAAGCUAGAAAGUUGAGGCUGAUGGCUCAGCCCUUUAACCCCAGCCAGUCAGAGGCUGAAGCAGGAGGAUCAAGUUCAAAGCCUGCUUGGGCUAUCGAGUGAGUUCAUGGUCACCCUGGGCAGUUUUCUGAGGCCUUGUCCUCAAAAUAAUGAUUUUAGAAAGUGCUGGGUAGCUCAGUGGUAGACGCUUGCCUACCAUGUAUGAGGCCCUGGGUUCUUUCCCUGGUAUUGGAAAACAAAGAAAACUAGAAAAUCAAUGGGUGAGGACUGGGGACAUCUCAGUACUUGCCUAGAAUAUGAAAAAAGAAAUGUUCCCCAAUCUACCCACUAUAAUUCCUAUAAUUACAGUUUAAAUUAAACCCCCCCAAACGCAAACACACUUUUUGUUUGUCUGUUUUUUAUUUUAGACAUGAUGGUGCUAUGUAUCCCUGGCAGAUCUGGAAAUUGCUAUGUAGACCUUAAACUUGUGGUAAUUCUCCUGCCUCUGCCUCCCAAAUUUAAUUAACUAAUAAUUAACAGGCACAUACCACCACUCACAGCCUUAAAUUUCAUUCUGGAGUUUCCUGGUAGCCAUGGUAAGAAAAGAAGCAUAUCUGGCUGUGUAUCAUUUCCACCAGUCGCGUGAGCAAGCACAUUUACUCUGAAAGACACACUAAUGUGGGACAUGAGCUCUUUCUUCGAAGACUGAGGAGCUGGUUCGUGUUUUCCAGUACUAUUUACAAAAUAAUAAACUGCCACCAACUCGAAUGACCUUGGCCAGAUCACAUAGCUACUAGCCUGUGCCUCAGUUUCCCCAGUUAUAAAGUGGUGGCUGCGGAAAGGCCAAAUGCAUCUUGCCUGUUUACCUUCCAAGAAAGGCUGAAGUUCUAUACAAAUCUGAAGUAAAUCUGGCCCACAUUCUACAGGCAUUGAGCCCCACAGUGACCUAAAUCCAGUGGUGCCUUCUCUCAUUGGCCUUAAAUAAAAUAGACCAAAACCACAAGAGAAUCUGAACCAAACCGCUCACAUUUUAAAAUGCUACUUUAGUCUUUUUAAGUAAGUGUGCUUUUCGUGUGUGUGUGUGUGUGUGUGUGUGUGUGUGUGUGUGUGUGUGUGUGUGCGUGCGUGCCCACAUGCUGGAAUUGAGACUCAGCAUGUGAAACAAGCACUUUACCACUGAGCUACAUCUUCAAUACCUAAGAGGCUUUUUACAAAUUAUUUAUUUUGAGACAAUGUCUCCUGUAUCAUCAGUUGGACUCCAACUCACUGUGCAACCAAGGAUGAACUUGAACUCCGGAUCUUCCUGUCUCUAGCUCCACUGGCAUUUGCAACAACCCCGACCUUAAGUGUCUUUUAUGUACAUUCACAAUAUUGUGUCACCACCACUAUCUUCAGAACUUUUUCUUGGUCCCAAACUGAAAUUGCACCCCCUCAUAAUAAUAACUGACCCCUAAACAAUAAUUCCCACCCCUGCCCCAGGGCUGAAUGACCUCUGCUCUAAUUUCUUCCUUUUUGCACUGGUCUGUUUCAGAUACUCAUGUAGGCAGAAUCCAACAUUUAUCCAUUGUGGUCUCACCCUUCAUAUUUUACACAUGGAUAAGGGAGUGGCUUGUUCAAGGCCUCACAGCCAGGCAGGGGAGGAGCUACCAGCACAUCCCAGGAUUCCUGACUCUCAGAACGUUCUAUACCGCCCAGCCCAGAAAACCCCGAGUCCCAUCCCACUCUCUGCCUCCUGUCUUCCCUGCUUCUCCUAAUAACAGUCACAUCACCUUCCACUGGGCGGAUGUGUGAUGGACAUGGACCCGGUGUUCACCUUUGGGUAUUCUCUGCCCUGCCCACUCUCGGUGUCCUGGGUAAAGAGCAGAAGUUUGACCUCUUUUUCUUUGUUUUUGUGUCUCUCUGUCCAUCCUGUUCUAUACAGAGUGUGUGAAGCAUGCUCUGUAGGCUCGACCUCACACCCCCACCAUCCAUUGUCAUCCAUAGCUUCGCCUCUUCCUGCCACCACUUCUUAGCUGGCUUCUACCAUCAGAUGAAGUGGUCCUAGCCUAGGACCAGCUUUUCUUCUCUGGGGCCGUGGGAUUUCUAUAGCACCAGCCUUCAGCUCUCCUAUGCCCUCUGAUACACUUUUUCCUCUUAUGGAUUUCGCCUAAUCUUGGCAACCCUCUCCCUGUCCCUAAAAACUCAACAUCCCACCCCAUUGGGGACGUGCCAUGUCCAGUUUGUCUUACAAUUUGCUCUCAGAUCUGAAAUUAUCCAGUCUUGUGUUUAUUUUGUAUUUUUUCCUCACUAGAGGCAUCCCCUUUGUUCCAUGCAUCAUGCAGCGCUGUGUCUUCCACCCUUCUCAUGCAUCACAGUCUCUUCCAGCCCUUCUCAUCAGACUCGUCUCACCCCAGCAAACGCCCAGCCCAGAAAACCCCGAGUCCCAUCCCACUCUCUGCCUCCUGUCUUCCCUGCUUCUCCUAAUAACAGUCACAUCACCUUCCACUGGGAGGAUGUGUGAUGGACAUGGACCCGGUGUUCACCUUUGGGUAUUCUCUGCCCUGCCCACUCUCGGUGGCCUGGGUAAAGAGCAGAAGUUUGACCUCUUUUUCUUUGUUUUUGUGUCUCUCUGUCCAUCCUGUCUGUUCUCCCUUAGCCUUCACCUCCCCCAGAUCAGCUCAUCUUGGCAGAACCUUACCCUCCUGAACCAACAGCAUUUGCAGUUAGCAGAAUCCACAGACCCAUUGAAGGGACUGAGGGCAUGGUACUGGGCCACAGCUCCUGCUCAGGGCUCCUCUACCAUCUGACCGCUUUCCUUCCUCAACCUUCCAGGAGCCUUCUUUUCCCUUCUUCUAACCCAUUGACCCUGUUCUCCCCUCCCUGCUCUUCACAAGCUCCCUGGACCUAAGGGAAGAGUCUUUGGUUUCCUUUGAAUAUUGUGGAAGGACUGAGGCAGGCAGAGUCUGGAUUCCUUGUCACACUACACCCAAAGUCACCUAUGCCACUUCUAUGAAGAGAAACCUCAGCUAGCACUCUGGAAACCUACCCCAAGUUUGAGCGUCCCAGUUUUAUGGACCUCCCAGGUGCACCAGGAUGACCCUAUGGGCUUCAAAUAUCCUUUGCGUUUUGGGGUCCUACAGCCUCCAUUGGAUCAUUUGGGCCCUGGCACCCCUGGCUCUUCUCUUGGCUCUGCCAUUGAUCUCUGUGCCUUAUUUUACUUCUUUGCACAGGGGGGCUCACCCACCACCACAUCAUUCCUGUCAUGGAUCUAGAUAUUUUGGUACCUCUACAACUGGGCCUUACCAACAUGGCUUGCCUUAGGAGUACCAGGUUGCCAAGGCAACUGGGGGCACUACUGGAGACUAGUGUCUCCAGUAGAAACCUCACCAGGAAAGUUGACAGAAGUGCAGUGCAGAUUGUUAGCCCCAUCCAGGGCCCUGUGAGGCAGGCCCAACAGCUUGGGGGGUUUGAAAGAGCCUCCACAUAAUUCUGAUGUAGACAAGUUUGCCAGCAGCAACAUCAACAAGGUCCUUGGCCUAGAUGAGCUGUCAGUUCAGUUUGGGAAGACUGGGCCUGGCCUGGGCUGAGAACAAUGGAAAACAGCCUGUCCACCAGACUUGUAGAUUCAGGGCCUCUGCCCCCAACAAAACAUCGCUGUGUUGUCUCCUAUUUUUGGAAGCUGGAAUGCGGGGGUGGGAGGGGUAGACAUACGACACACAGCUCCAGAGCCUUCCUAUUACCUCCUUGGCUCCACUUCUGCCCAGCUCACCAUCCCCCACCAAUUUGGGUUUUUGGGAAAUCUGCAUAGGUGGCCACAGCAGGCAAGGGGGAGAGUCUCCCAAGGCAGGAGGCAAAAAACGAACUUUUGUUUCUCCACCUGGGAAGAAACGAAAUUGCCAGAGGGAAGAAACGAAAUUGCCAGAGGGAAGAAACCUGUUGCGAGAAGAAAAUCCAAGCCCCCUCACCAUCAGCACUCCCACCCUGCACCUCCUUAUCCUCCCAAUCCCAGGGAGACCCGUAGACAGUGCCAAAAACCAGUUCCAAACUCCAGCGCAUGGGAAAGAGCUAGAAACUGCCUUUCCUCCCCAUCCUGACUCCCCCUCCCCCACCUGGCCAAUACUGUGAAGUCCCUUUCUGCUCAGCCCGGUUUCCUGGGGAGGGUCCUGCAGUCGUGGGCCCUGGGGGACCCCUCAGGAGGGAAGAGACCAAGGGCAUCCUUGGGCCAACUAUCCACCCCUCCCUUCCACUGUUCUCCCCGCCUCCUCCUACUCUUCCUUCUCCUCUUCCUACCACUAUCCCCAUCCCCCUUUCUGUCUUUAAAGGCUCCUUCCUGGGAUGGAUUGGGUGACAGGAGGACAGCCGUCUAGUCCACCAGCUCUCCUCGCCCUGUGUCUUAUUUCAGACAUGAGAACUGUACAGUGUAAACUUACAAAGUGUUUUUAAUGGUUGUAGAUUGGAAAUAAAGUAUGUCAUAUAAACCGUU